CUUGACGGUAGCAGCGUGAAUAUGAAUGAAUGACCGAGAGAAGUGUCAGCCCCCACACACGACCUCCAACUUCUGUUUUAAAGAAGCGGCGGACCACUCUUGGUGAAAGAAUGUAUUUUCCCGAGGAAUACAACUCCUAUAAAUAUCUUAUCCAUGUAGGAGGUCUAUGUGGUCCCCAAGAGAGAGCAACCUUAGUGCGGUGACAAGGAUCAUGUCGUGGACUUGUAUCGUUCUUUUACUACUCGUCGACGAAUGUAGUUGCGUUAACCAUUUGAAUCUCAGAUGGGUUACGACCACAAUGUGCGCAAGAGCAUCUCGUUCGCGGAUGAAGAUGAGUUGCGUUGAGUCAUCGCCCGACUAGGUCUCCUCGGACUCGACACUGUAAAAGAAUUCGUUUAGCGCUUAUCGUUUGUUUAGACCGGAACAAGUAGUGAAUAUCGGAACAAGUAGUGAGAAAGUGCUCAAAGAAAUAUGAAACUGACGCACUUUGUUUCUAAGGAGUUUUUAGAAAGUGAGGUGGUUCUCACAUCUCCAGUUUUCUAGUUUGAGAGUGAGUGGUUCUUACAUAUCCAAAAAAUGUCACUCGCUCUCCAGCAAGAACAGCUGUCCUCCGCACUCCUGUCAGCAAGAGCAGGCGGUCAGGGCUUCUACGAUCCUGUCCACAUCCUGAAGAACGGCCUCGAGCAAAUCGGAGGUUCCACAUCUUCUUUCGCCGGGCAUGGAUUCAGGACAAAAUCGUGUACAUCAACGGAAACAACUACAACAAUCAAAGUGAGCACCAGUUUUUACCGCAUGAUAGAAGGACACGAGGAACAACAUGAACAUCUCUACAAGGAGAUAAUGAACCCCACACGACUACAAGGAGAUAACUACAAGGUGGAGACAAGUACAACUAAUCACAGAACAAGUAGUAGAGGACUUUCACCUUCCUGCACAAGUAGAAAAACAAGUUUUUUCAAGUUCCAGAACAACUGGGAUCCUGCACCUGGAGAUACCUGUUUUGGUGUCUCGAGUCAAGAAGAGUGCUGCGAGCGCUGCUGGGAAAAAACUAAGGAACCAGGCGCAGCCAAGGAGGAAUAUCAUCCGCCGAGGCUGGAGAACAAUGGAGAAGGCGGAAUCCACGAGAAUUACAAUCCGGGUCAUCCGGCUAUCUCUGGCGCGUACACGUACUACAAAUUUCCGAACAUUCAUCGUUUAAUCUACUGGGAGCAGACGAAAAACGCAGAUGGGAAUUGCUGCUGUAAGCAAGGCCCUUACCCAUCGAAAAAACAUCAGAGCAGUUGGGCGCAUCCUGCUUGCUUCGCGGGGUUGUUUUUAUGAUCUAGACUUGGUUCGAUAUGGGUGUUGAAGGUGAUAGACAGAGAGAUUCAUUGAGGAGUGCAAUUCACAGCACUACCUUUUUUGUGCUGUAGUGUUUACAGUUAGACAUUUUUUGCAACUUCUAGUACAUCUCUUCUCUAAUUCUCUCACCAAGCAUCAAUGCUUUUGACGCUUUGUCAGCCGUCUCUGGUCCCGCGACGUAUGAUUUGUGCAAGAGUAAGUACAAAGUGCGCGACGACUUAGGGAACGUACUAGAGACGAAGAACAACUUGAAGGACAAUGAAGUUUCCGGCAUCAUCAGACCAGGGACUACAGUGUGGCACUACACAAGAUGGCUCAUGCCCUUCUUUCCGUUGCCUUUUCUUAUGGCGAACAUAGUGAUAGUACAACAUAAGUUUUAAAGAUCCAAAGUACAACCUUUUCCGAACAUGAUAGUUAUCGAGACCACCCUUGGUCUAAAAGUGAACAUAUUUUUAAGUCUUACAACUAAAUCAUGACUUAGUCUUAGAUGAGAAAUAAAGCAAACUACAUCUUCUAUCAUCAUCGUCAUUACAGUAUCUUCUUUCCACCUCCUCCUCAUAUUUUCUCUCCUACUAGUGGAACCGAUAGAUUCAAUUAUCCUCUAAUCUCCCCACCUUCCCCUUUACGAUUUUUCCGGUGCCUUGGAACAUGUUUUUUCCCUUCGAGUGCCUGCUCCAUUUUAAGGCUCAAAACCUUCAUCAUGGGUCAUCGAGGUUGGUCGUCGGUCACUGAAGUUAGAGAUCGAAGAGGGGCCGGCCCGUCAUCUUGAGAUGAGAGAACAAGGGAAAAUGAAGGGAACAAGAAAAGGGGAGAGGCGUGAGACCCUUCGUUUUUCAGAAUCAGUGACCAUUGGCCAUGCCGACCUUUAACCAUUGCUUCGUGAAUCCAGGAUGUGUGGGAUUCACAUGGAAUAAAAAACCGAGAGUCGACAAUCCUUUCGCACAGAUACCCAACCAUUUGGGGCAUGAGGUUAUGCGCAUUGUCCCAGUUCGGUUUGGGAUCUGCCAAUUGAAGUUAAGUAUGAUUCACAUGAAACGAAUUCAUUGACUCCCUCCCGCGUCCCCUCGCGCUAAACGAUACCUCACGAGCAGGUAAAUGAAUGAAUGAAUGAUCACUGAAGAGCAUUCCAAUAUUGACAACGGGUACAACUACAUUGAAGAGCAUUCCAAUAUUGUUGAUGGUCCUUUUUUGAAUUGAAAACGAAACUGUAGUUGCCAUGAACAGGAAACUGUAGAAGAUCUACGAUGAUGAUGAUGAUGAUGAUGAUGUUAGUGGAUUCGGAUUGGCCUCUUCUAUCACUAUCUCUAAUGAAAGGAUUCAUGAAUAAGAAGCACCCUUACACCAAGGAUCCGCCGCCACCUGGCUACAACUUCGACAGGUCACUAAAACCAGCUGGACACGAAGAUAAAUUCGUAUUUGGCGUGUGGCUCGGUAGAGAUAACAAUCCCUGUGACGACUCGGUUUUAUGGGCAGGAGCUGCUUUUAAUUUUAUUCAUCUCUCUUCUUGAAGUAUUAGUAUUUUUUUUUAACUAGCAGAUCUAAGGUGGUAUACUACAUGCUUAUUCAUAUUAUGACUCAUCUCUUCAGUGUCACAUGAAUGAUGGGGCAGAGAUGAUAAUAUGACCACUCUACUCUAAUGGUUCCGACUAUCUGCGAGAUGCGACCUUAUACCCCUGGCUGCCCUUUGAAGUACAAUCUGAACGCCUUAAAAGGCAUGCUGUGGCAAGCGGCUGCCGGUCUAUUGCUCUUGUUGGGGUUUCCAGGAGGUUUCGGAGCUGGAAAAGAAGUCAUAAAUUACAGGUAUCUAUUCAUUAAUCUGUAUAAUUUAAGUCAUAAAUCUAUAAUUGCUUCUCCGUAUCCCUUCACGCAAUCUUUUUCUUAAUAAUGAGUAAGUAUGAUGUUGAGGCAUCUAUCGGUAUUUUUGAAAUAUAGUUAUUUUUGGAGUAUGAUGUUGCUGUUGAUACGGAGAGGUUCAUUGCAGCGAUAUAAGUGUUAUUGAUCUCGCUAAAUUAAUUCACCUUCAUUAAUUCACCUUCAACACCUUAACUUGCCUUCACACCUAUCACCAAACUUCUACACAGUUCCGGAGCCGACAAUGAGAUGGGUGACGUUCCUGCAGUAAUGAACACUGGCCCAGGCAAUUUGAUGUGUAAGUGGUGGAGACAGCAUCCUAGGUGGCACGAACAAGGUCUAGACAGACAGAUCUAUCGUCUCAACGACAAGGGAACCGAGUACGAGAGUGUUUAUUUAAGGCUCCUUGUGUGGACUUGAAUUUUAUUUGAAUGCGUCCUGUGGAUGCAAAUCUUGGGAUCAUCCCCGGAAGUUGCGUCCCCGAAAAUCUUAUCCUUCCUGAGCUUCCGCCCUGCUGGGUGUCUGUUUAAAAUAUUAGCUCUCUUUCUUCUUGCCGUUACCUAGUCGCCUCUGCUAUCUAUUUACAUGCUGACUCCCUCCUCUCUGUUGUUUGCGAAACGUACUGUGCCCCUUUUGGUGGCCAGAAAACUUUUUUCUGAAAUCUCCAAAUAAUCCAAAUCCAUCUUGGGAUCCCCCCGAAAGUUGAGUAAAAUAUCAUUCGGGGACGAUCCCACUCCACUUUCGGGGACGAUCCUCCCUGAAAGGUGAAUAUAUAUUUCUAUGAUCAUCCUUUCUUAGUUAGUACAAAAAUGCAGUUAAGUAGGUCUCCAAGAAGAACCUUUGCUACUUACACCUAGAAGUAGAGCUUUAACAUUAUCGCAGCAACACUAUCCUCUUCCCUACGUUUUUAUCGCAGCAACAUUAUCGCAGCAACACACAUUAAGCUUCUAACAACACAUCCUCUUCCCUACGACAGUCAGCUUUCGGACCAGGACAACCGAAAAAUCCAAGCUUUGUAUUGCACGAACGUUUUGCACGGUUGCUACGAUCCGGAUUACAUUUCCCACAAGACCAUGAAUCCGACUUUAUCAAGUGCGCGCGACGUACUGCGGUCAAGGAACCUCAGAGCGGAAGCCUUGGGGCCAAAAGACCCAGGUUGGUUUCAUGAAAGUUUAUGGCUCAAGUCUUGAGACAGUACCUCGUGCUAGGUAAAUGAAUGCAUGCAAUGCUUGUGUUGUAAGUAACACUUUUACGAGGAUAGCUCACGACAUAGUAUCAUGUCUUCAGAGAACCCAAAUGCAAAUCACGGUAGGUAUAUUAUAGCCGUUGGAACAAAGAACGUCUUUCUCAUGUUCUACGAGUUACUUCUCUUCCUUGAUGCUCUAACUCCCGGUAGCAGUCCCUCCCAGAAAUUCGACCCGAACAACACUGCUGGACCAGCGGCUGCUAAGGAGUCGUUUUCUUUGGUCCGAGACGUUUUUCUCAAGGGUUUUAAGUCCUUGGGCUCCGUCGCGGCAGCUUUUCUACCUGGGAUUCCGACAGAUGAUGAUUUGGGCAGUCCAGCAAAAGGGAAUAUCUUCAACAUCCAGCUCAACGCGGGAGGCGUUCAUCAAGGACCUAUUUGUCAUGCAAUGCCCAUUGCGCAGGAUAAGAUCUUUAUGCAUGGUGGCUACAAUAGUCAGGUUUUACUUGUUUUAGAAGCAAGUUGUACUAGGUUUAAUAUCUGCUUCAGUGUUGCUGGUAGAUGAAGAAGUGCAUUUAAGUAAAAUUUAAGUAGAAAAACUUCUCCCACACAAAAAUUAGCAUUAGGAGAAAGAAUCAUGGAGUCCUUCCGCCCUCAAGAAUAUUCUUUUUCCUCUAGUAGCAAGCAAGCAAGCUCCUUGUUGUUUCAUACUCCCUUCCCGAAGGCCACCGACGGAUCCAAAGACAGGGAAAUUUCUGGCCAAGCCCUUUCGCGAGUGGAGCGAUUUCCAUCCUGCAACGGCUGAGGUUCGAAUGGUCACCAAUCCGGAUACCGGAAAACAGGUUCCCGAAACACUAGGCUCCUUAACCAGCGCUAGAAAGGCUGAAGGGUUACAAUACCAGCUAUGGAACGCAGGCGACGCUGAUAAAGUGACGAGAGGGCAAGCACGGAAAGCAUCAGCUAAUCAAUUGAAACAAUUGCAUGCAGACUAUGGUUACAGUGUGGGGUGGCGGACACCGCCUAAAAACAUCCUAGAAAGUGGGACAGCGGCAAGAACGCAUCAAAGAAACAUGAUCAAAAAGAAAAUCAUGAACAGCUUUUUGUAAAGGGACACGCAUGUCGUGGACAUGGUUGAGCUUGCUAACCCCAAAAACCCCCAAUCCAAGAUUCAGAUUUUCACAUUUCAUCAUUUCUUCACAUGUAUAGGAAAAAGUCAUAGUACCAAAUCUAGCGAACUUUUUUUCAUCCGAUGCGAGGCUUAUAUCUUCAAUCUAUUUUGACAGCAUCUAACGCAACGCUUUCGUGAUGCGUCAUUGAGAUAAAUCAUUAAGUACGUUGUUGAGUUCUUGUUACAUUGAGUUCUUCUGUACGUUGUUUUCUAUCGAUCCCGCGUAUGACUCCUUCCUUGAUUCCUUCCUAUGUAUGACAUAUUGAGGCUGGUUUAAUUCGGUUGUCUUCAGUAUAAACAUAAUGAGGAAUCACGAAAGAAGAUGCAACAAAAAGAAGUGCAACAGAGAAAAGAAGGACUAGCACUGCAAACAUGCACAUCUUCUAAUUAAAAAAGCUCUAUCCCAUGAGUGGGCACAUCAAUCAAUCAAUCAAUGAAUGAAAGACCGCGCAU